GUGAGCAGUCAAAUAUGAGCACUGCGACUGGCCAGAGGAUGGUGACCCGCGGCAUGAGCCGCUGUCCCGGGCAUCGACUAUUCUUGGAGGAAAAUCUUCCGCGGUCCCUUGGCAAAGAUACAGUCUCAGGGAAAAAAGAAAAACGGAAACCAGUAAGAAGACAACGGAAGGUAAAACUUGAGAUAGCUUAUGAGACAUCAGAUAGAAAUGGAGCUGUGGACAGUGAUGGCAGCACUUCCAAGAAACUCAAAUGGGAGCCCCUCAACUGGAGACUCCAGCUAGAGAAUAUCCGAGAAAUGAGGAAAUCCAAAGAUGCACCUGUUGAUCACAUGGGAGCUGAGCAAUGUCAUGACCAAAAUGCUGCCCCAGAGGUGAUGAGAUAUCAAGUGCUGUUAUCACUGAUGCUGUCCAGCCAAACCAAAGACCAGGUCACAGCAGCUGCCAUGGGGCGGCUGAGAGAAAGGGGCCUGACUCUAGACAACAUCUUGCAAAUGGACGACAAUACCCUGGGUCAACUCAUCUACCCAGUUGGCUUUUGGAGGAGCAAAGUACAGUAUAUCAAGCAGACAAGCAAGAUCUUGAAGCAGCAAUACGGAGGAGACAUCCCAGCCACUGUAGCGGAGCUGGUAGCGCUUCCUGGUGUCGGACCCAAGAUGGCGCACUUGGCCAUGGCCAUCGCUUGGGACACAGUGUCGGGCAUCGCAGUGGACACGCAUGUACACAGGAUCACCAACAGAUUGAAAUGGACCAAGAAAGGGACCAAGUACCCAGAGGAAACCAGAGCUGCCCUAGAAGACUGGCUGCCCAGGCAGCUGUGGAAGGAGAUUAACUGGCUGUUGGUGGGCUUUGGUCAGCAGAUCUGUCUGCCAGUGAACCCUCGGUGUGGGAACUGCCUCAACCGAGGCUUGUGCCCAGCAGCCCAGAGCCCUUGAAGGCUGCUGCGGGCAAAGACCCGUCUGGAGCGGAGUGGAGACGGUGGAUGGACAGCCAGCCGGCAUUGGAACUUUCAGUGAGCGCUUAAGACUUGUACCCACAUUGGGCCUGUUUAAUAAAGUUUGAUGUUCUUUUGUGAUCAGAA